AUGUACCGCUAUCAUUUCGUAACAAAGGAUCAUUCUUAUUAUGAUAAUACCUCUCUCCUCCUACACCAAACAUUUUGUCCUUCUUAUGGCUGUCAUCCUUUCGAAGAAACAUUUGAGUUGUAUUCUGUUUCCGGUUCGAGGUUUGAGAAUAAGGUCAAAUUAGAUUGGCCGAAUAUCAAAAUAGCGCCGGCAUAUCUAGGUCAAGCCAGAUAUGAUUCUGGUUUUAGGCUUUUAGAUUCAGGUAGUGUCCAUGGAACUCUUUAUCUGGUUUGUGCACCCAACAGGAAUUUUAUAUUAUGGAAUCCAUCUACUAAGGAAUCUAAACUUAUUCCUCCUAGCCCUUUUGAUUCUGGACCUAAUUGGUAUCUUUUUGUUGAUCAUCGUGGAUUUGGUUAUGACAGUAUUCGAGACGACUAUAAAGUGAUAUGUCAUGGAAAAGUUUCAAAAAGAAAUUAUUAUGGAGAAGUUAAUAAAGAAGUUGACUCCUAUUUAUGGGAGAUAUAUAGUGUAAGAAGAAACUGUUGGAGAAAACUUGAUGUCGGCGUGCAUAAUAAGCAUAAGAGUUGUGAACGGGAACAAUUGUACAUCGAUGGACUCUCACACUGGAUGUGUUAUGGUGAAACACGUUAUUAUGAAAGAUAUAUGUUGUCAUUUGACUGGAGCAACGAGAUUUUCCUUACAACACCCAUACCCCCUGUCUCCAACAUAAACGGUUGUUUUGAAUAUUUUUUGGGGAUGAUACAGUUGGUCCUAUUAAAUGGGUCUAUUGCUUUCAUAAUAAGUUAUAUAGAGACAGGUACAUUUCACAUUUCAAUUUUGGGAGAACUCGGUGUAAAGGAAUCAUGGACUAAGAUCUUUAUUGUAGGGCCCUUUCCUUGCCUUGAGUGUCCUAUCGGAGCAGGAAAGAAGGGAGAUAUGUUGUUCAUAAAGAAAGACGGCGAAUUAGCUUGGAUUGAUUUAAAUACCCAAAUAAUUGAGGACUCGGGUGUUAUAACAGAGAGGAGUCUUUGUAAGAUAGCAAUUCAUAAAGAAAACCUUCUUCCUUUUGGAGGAAAAAGUAUUUAA